CUCAAACCAAAAACCCCUUUUCUUCAUUUUUUUAUAUUUGUUUGGCUGCUCUUUCUGUGUUUGUCGUCUUCUUUUGUAGUAGUUGGUGUUUUCUCUCGCCAGCUCAUAUAUACCCCUGUGGCUGUGGCGCUGGGCUCCUCCUCAACAAACAGCAAGAACCCUAGUUCUGAAUUUUUGGUAUAGCGGAGGAGUCAAUUAUUUCAUGGAAGCAAAAAGGGGGUAACUUUUAAGGCAGCCUCAGUGGUCAAAGAAGAGCUAUUUUGGGAAUCUUCAGACUAGGGUUUGCUCUGGGUUUCUUUCAUUUCUUCCAAGUUAACAAGUUCUAUUUUGCUGGAAGUGACUAAAUCAGGUCAGAUGUCUGAGAGCUGGGAUGGAAGUUUUGACCGUGGCAGCCAAUCGGAUGAUAGCCAUCAGUUUGAGAGAAUGCAUCUAGAGCCUAUGUAUGAUGCAUUUGUUUGCCCUUUGACAAAACAGGUUAUGAGAGAUCCUGUGACCCUAGAAAAUGGACAGACAUUUGAACGUGAAGCAAUUGAGAAAUGGUUCAAGGAAUGUAAGCAAAGCGGAAGGAAGCUGAUCUGCCCAUUGACACUUAAAGAACUAAAAAGUAUGGAUCUGAACUCCAGUAUAGCUUUGCGGAACACCAUUGGAGAGUGGAAUUCUAGGAAUGAAGCUGUUCAGCUGGAUAUGGCUUGUAGGUCAUUGAAUAUAGGCAGCUCAGAAAGUGAUGUCCUGCAGGCUCUCAAGUAUAUCCAGCAUAUCUGCCAAAAAAGCCGAUCAAAUAAGCAUGUUGUACGCAAUGCUCAGCUGAUACCCGUGAUUGUUGAUACAUUAAAGAGCAACAGUCGUAAAGUUCGUUGUGUAGCAUUGGAGACUCUUCAGAUAGUGGUGGAGGAAGAUGAUGAUAAUAAGGCAAUAUUGGCUGAGGGGGACACUGUUCGUACAAUAGUCAAGUUUUUGUCUCAUGAACUAUCUAAGGAGAGGGAGGAGGCUGUAUCUUUGCUAUAUGAGCUUUCCAAAUCUGAAGCUUUGUGCGAGAAAAUUGGUUCAGUUAAUGGCGCCAUUCUUAUAUUGGUUGGAAUGACAAGCAGCAAAUCAGAGAAUCUUUUGACUGUUGAGAAGGCCGAUAAAACUUUGGAGAACUUGGAGAAAUGUGAAAACAAUGUUCGACAGAUGGCUGAAAAUGGUAGACUGCAGCCGCUUUUGACACUGAUCCUUGAAGGCCCACUGGAGACAAAGCUUUCCAUGGCUUCAUUCCUUGGUGAGCUGGUUUUGAAUAAUGAUGUGAAAGUACUUGUGGCGAGAACUGUGGGUGUGUCAUUAAUCACUAUCAUGAAAAGCAGCAACAUGAAAUCUAGAGAAGCUGCCCUUAAAGCUCUUAACCAAGUCUCAUCCUAUGAGGCAAGUUCCAAGGUGUUAAUUGAGGCAGGAAUACUUCCCCCUCUUGUCAAGGACCUCUUUACUGUUGGUGCCAAUCAGCUUCCCACGCGACUGAAAGAGAUUUCUGCUACAAUACUUGCAAAUGUUGUAAACUCAGGCUAUGACUUUGAUUCCAUUCCUGUUGGACCAGAUCACCAGACUCUAAUUUCUGAAGAUAUUGUCCAUAACUUACUUCAUCUAAUCAGUAACACAGGUCCAGCAAUUGAGUGCAAACUUCUUCAAGUUCUUGUUGGACUCAGUAGUUCAGAGACAACAGUUCUAAAUGUUGUUGCUGCAAUUAAAAGCUCCGGUGCUACUAUCAGUUUGGUUCAGUUUAUUGAGGCCCCCCAGAAAGACUUGCGCCUGGUAUCUUUAAAACUUCUCAAGAACCUCUCUCCAUACAUGGGUCAGGAAUUAGCAGAUGCCCUACGUGGCACAGUUGGCCAGCUUGGCAGCCUAAUCAAGGUCAUAUCUGAAAACAUAGCAAUAACUGAAGAGCAAUCAGCAGCUGCUGGCCUUUUAGCUGAACUCCCAGAGAGGGAUUUAGGUCUCACACGGCAAAUGCUAGAUGAAGGUGCUUUUCAGUUGAUCAUCUCUGGAGUAGUCAAAAUCCGGCAAGGGGGGAUUAGGGGCACCCGCUUUGUGACACCAUUUCUAGAAGGACUUGUGCGUGCUUUAGCUCGUGUAACAUUUGUUUUAGUAGACGAACCUGAGGCAAUUGCCCUUUGCCGUGAGCACAAUCUUACUGCGUUAUUUAUUGAGUUGCUCCAGUCCAAUGCACUUGACAAUGUGCAAAUGGUUUCUGCCACAGCACUGGAGAACUUAUCAAGGGAGUCCAAAAACUUGACCAGAUUGCCAGAGUUACCAACGUCUGGUUUCUGUGCUUCUAUCUUUACAUGUUUCAGCAAACAGCUUGUCAUAACAGGAUUGUGCAAGAUCCACCAAGGAGCCUGUUCACAAAGAGAGAGUUUCUGUCUUUGUGAAGGACAGGCUGUGGGGAAGUUGAUAGCUCUCUUGGACCACACAAAUGAGAAGGUAGUCGAGGCAGCACUCGCUGCACUAUCCACAUUGCUGGAUGAUGGGGUUGAUAUUGAGCAAGGAGUCGUGCUAUUGGAUGAGGCAGAAGGAAUCAGACCAAUAGUUGAUGUUUUGCUUGAGAAACGAACAGAGAACUUGAGGAAUAGAGGAGUUUGGGUAGUUGAGAGACUUCUACGGACUGAAGAAAUAGCAUGUGAAGUUGCUGGAGAUCCCAACAUCAUUACAGCUCUUGUUGACGCUUUCCAGCAUGCUGAUUACAGAACCAGGCAGAUAGCCGAGCGUGCCCUAAAGCGUGUUGAUAAGAUCCCCAACUUCUCUGGAAUAUUUCCAAAUCCGUGAUGGAUUCCUUAAUGCAUUUUCCCAGAUCAGUGAGUGCAAAAUCCAUGUCAAGUCAUAUCUGGAGUGCAGUUGCAAAAGCAUCAAAAUUGCAAGUAGAUAUUUUGUAUAUAAAUUUCCCAUCCGUGUAGAGUGUUUCGUUUUGUUCUCAGUGAUGUCAUUUUGAUGAAAAUCUGUUUCGGUACAUGAUAAUACCCAUAUUCUUUUUGCAGUAAUAGUGGUGCUUUAAUAUUGUGUCUGUAAUGUUCUAUU